AUGUCUCAAAGUAAAGCAGAUCACUCUGUUUUCUAUCGACAUAAUGGUCCAGCAAAGAACAUUUUUUUGAUCGUUUAUGUUAACGACAUUGUCUUAGCUGGAAAUGGUCCAGAAGGAAUAUGGGAGCCAUUGAAAGAUCCUGGUAGAUAUAGAAGACUGGUUAGUAAAUUGAACUAUCUCACUAUAAAACGCCCGAAUAUUUCAUUUACAAUAAGUGUGGUUAGUCAGUUUCUCCAAGCUCCAUGUAAAGAUCAUUGGGAUGUAGUGAUUCGCAUCCUCAGAUACAUCAAAAAAGCUCCAGGACAAGGAUUGUUAUAUGAAGACAAAGGCCACACAGACAUUGUUGGAUAUUCUGAUGCGGAUUGGGCAGGUUCUCCAUCUGAUAAACGCUCCACUUCUGGGUAUUGCGUCAUGAUUUGA